AUGCCGAUGUCCCAAACUCUAACAAAUAGAUUGAUAUUAUUGUUUUUCAGAUGCUCCACUCUUGCUGAAACCGCUACGGAAGGGGUAGACUUCACCCCUCUAAAAGAUCAUAUACUCAUAUUUGGUCCUAGCGUUAAUUCCUUAAAAUGCGAGAUCCCGAUCAUUAACGACGAUCUGGUGGAAUUCCCCGAAACGUUCGUCUUGGUCCUUACUACAGAUGAUAGCGCUAUUGUUGAGUUCUAUCAGCAUGAGCAAACAUGUACCAUCAACGACAAUGAUAAAGUGACUGUGCAAUUCUCAAGCAACAGCUACUCGGUCACAGAGAAGGAUAGCAAGAUAAUUCUAGGAUUUGAAAUGAUUGGAAAGGUCACUACCAUGGACCUAUUCAUAACCUUGCAUGAUACACCAGGCACGGCUAAAAAAAAAAACUCUCAAGGGUUUGGAGAUUACGAUUUGGGAUCUAUAUACACCGGCCCCGAAAAGGUCACAUUGCCUAAGGGCAAGAACUACACAACCUAUACAGUAUCUGUGGACAAUGAUCGCAUUCCUGAGAGCAGCGAGACAUAUGCUAUUGGAAUGGAGAAAGAUACUGAUAUUAAAAAUGGAGCCUUGAUAACAUUUGGCACCCCAAGUACGACCACCAUCACGAUAAUAGACGACGACAAAGCCACAAUUACGUUCGAAAAAUCUGCAGACAAAGUUAAUGAACAGGACGGCACGUUGGACAUCAAACUAAAAAAGACAACAGAGACGGAGCUAGCUAUCACCAUCAAGGUAACGUGCAUUGAUGGUACCGCAAAAAAGGGCGUUGACUACACAGACAAAACAUGGACUCAAAAUUGGGGCAAUGCCAAGGAUGAAGAAAUGACAAUCACAUUAUCUGUCACGAACAAUGACAAAGUGGACGGCGAAAGAACGUUGAAACUAAAGCUUUCCACGGAGACCCCUGACAAAGUAAAUUUUGGAACUGAAGAAAUGGAAAUCACGAUUAUCAACGAAGACAAAGUAACGAUUGCAUUCAAAUCAGAUGCCGUGACUGUUAAUGAAGAUGUAGGAACAGCUACAACUAUAGAACUCGAAAGAACAGGCGUGACUCCUCUUGUGGAUGUGCCAGUAAAAGUCACUACAUCUGAUGCUGCCGCCAAAGGAGGGCAGGACUUCGUUGCUAUGAGCGACCAAGUUAUUACCUUCACACCUAGCGAUACAGUCAAGACAGUACCUGUCGUUAUUAUCAAUGAUAACAUACAAGAGGCCGACCAAAAGUUUGGUCUCGUAUUGACGUCAGACGAUAGCUCAGUUACUGUUGGUUCUACGUCUCAAUGCGCCGUAACCAUAAAAAGCGACGAUGUUUCAAUAUUUUCCCUGUUGGCAUCGUCCUAUGCUAUUGCUGAAGGCGAUGGACCAGUCAAAGUGGUGAUUAAUAGAGAGCAGAAGUCAGAGGGCGUUGAUAAUGUUGUAGUCAAACUUACAACAUCCGAUGGUACCGCCUUAACAGGGGCUGGUCAAGACUUUGGUGGUGGAACUUUUAAUGUACGAUUUGAUUCCAAUGAUAUAUCUAAGGAGAUUCCCAUUGCUCUGUUUGAUGAUGAUAUAGUAGAGCUGAACGAAACGUUUACUGUAACAAUCACACCGAUAAACGCUGCCACGGCAAAAAUUGGCAACAUAUCAGACGCCACCAUCACUAUUCUCAACGAUGAUAAAGAGAUAUUUGAGUUUUCGGCAUCAACUUUCUCAGCCAAGGAAGACACUAAACAGGCCGUUGUGACGAUUACCAAGGCGGGCAAAGCUACGCUUGCAUCACAUACUAUGACUGUUCUUUUUAGCACGUCUGACGCAACAGCCAACUCAUCAUCCGCACUGGACUACACUUCAAUCACCGACUUGCAAGUGACAUUUGCUCCAAGCGAUACAUCCAAGAGCGUCACGAUAACUUUGUCAGAAGAUAAUAUCGUAGAAAACGACGAAACUUUCAAAGUUCAACUCAAGGCAUUUUCUUGGCUCAGCAAAAUCGGAACAACAAACGAGGCUACGGUUACAAUAGAGAAUGACGACAAAGGCAAUAUAACAUUCAAUGAGUCUACGUACACAGUUAUCGAAGGCGAAAAUGUUACCUUAAACUUUGGCUGCAGUGGAAACAACGAUAUUGACUUGAACUUCAAAAUCACGGCAAGUCCAGUUAUAGUAAGCCACACAAACUCACGAAAAGCUGAUUAUACCCUUGCGGACAAUACUCCCCUGACGUGCGGACCGCGGGCUCUUGGUAUAAACUACACCAUGCCUACUACACAAGAUAAUAACGCGGAGUGGCCGGAAAGCUUCCAUGUAGAUACAACGACAACUGACACGGGAAUAAUUAAUUUUGCUAUCAGUCAAACCACUGUGACCAUCAUUGACAACGAGGACAAAGUAAAUUUAUGGAUAAAGGAUGCGGCGUACAAUCUAACGGAGGAUGAAGGAAGCAUUACCAUGACCGUAAUGAAGACGGAUAAUGCAGAGGUUGAUAUCAUCGUAAGGUUGACCUCGGUGGAUAUAAUUGCAAACUCAACAAACCAGUCCAUUCCUUCUGCUCAAGACUUCAACCCAGUUUUCCAGAACAUCACCAUCUCUCCUUCAGAAACAGAGAAGACGUUUACAAUUCCAAUGACUACAGACGAUUACUUGGAAUACAAUGACACCUUCAGGAUCUUUAUAGAAACUUUCACUCCCAACAAGACUGAUUCUAUUCUCAGGAAUGAAACAUUCUUUACCAUUUACAACGACGACCAUGCUACUCUUGAGCUGGUUGAAAGAUCAGUCACCCUAAAGGAAAACCAAGGCGUGGUCGUACUAACCGUCCGACUUCUUGGCAAAACAUUGAUUCCUGUUUUUUUCAAUUUAUCUACAAUAAACAUCACAGCCUUUGGUAACCGUGACUUCCCAGCCCUCGUGGAAAAGACGUACAGCUUUGGGCCGUCGAUCUCUGGGAACACUUCAAUGGAAAUUGAGAUCGACGUUACUAAGGAGGUGUUCGUGGAGCACCCCGAACGAUUUGACAUCGUCAUGACAACUAACCAGCCCUUUGUAACUGUGGUGGAGAACAAGAGCAUGAGCGAGAUUCAUGUACAAAACGACGAUGCAGUUGUAAUAGGGUUCAUGGCGCCGCUUCAGACCGUCUUCGAGGCCAAGGGAUUUGUGAACGUGUGUGUGGUGGUGGAAAGAGGGCUACCAGAGAUUCCACUCUAUUACAAUGUGAGCACGACUUACAUCGACACAACAGUUGGUAGGGACUUCAUACCGCUGACCAACUUCACAGUACUUAUACCGUAUCGGUCAAGCAUCUCCUGUUUCACGGUGACAAUCGAAGAGGAUCACGUGACUGAGCUUGACGAGAGUUUCGGCAUAUCGCUUUCGAGUGAUUAUUUGGAUGUGACUGUCGACGAAAAUCGCAAGUCAACUGUGAUCACAAUCCUGAACGACGAUAAAGUGACAAUGGAAAUUGACGGCCCAAUCAGUCGAUCUCUGGCAGAAGGCGAAAAGACCGUGGUUUCUGUGGUUGCUGAAGGGCAAUACGAUAUCCCUCUUUCUCUCUUAAUUGCUCCAAAUAAGACGUCAACAGCAGAUGAUAGGGAUUUCAGAUUCACAUCGUUAUACUGGCCUAUCGAUAACCAGUCUUUGCCAGAGGUUGCGGACUACCCCGCCUGGAGAUUCCCAGUCCCCCAAAGCCUAGCGCACAACAUGACCAUGGUAUUCAACAGAGGGGCAAAACACGUCGCCAUUGAAGUAGAGAUCCCGGUCGACAGGCAGUCGGAGUCCAUGGAGACGCUAGUGUUGUCACUCCAGAGCCUUGACCCAUCCAGAGUGGUGUUUGGAAACAAUCAAACAGUGGAACUUAGUAUCGAGAACACGGCAUAUCCUGAGACGAAGGCACAGGCAGGAGCAGUUGUAGCGGUUGUGUCUGUGUCAAUCGCGAUUCUAGUCAUCAUCUUAGUGGCUGUUAUCCUCGCUGCGUGCUUCAUUGUUAAGCGUGUCAAGCCUAAGGUGUAAUUCAGCAAUGCCGACAAGAACAGAUACAAUCACAAUGUCACAGAGGUCACAAAGUCUACACCACGCGAAUUUAGAAAGCCUUUACUCACUUGGACUUGCAUAUAACUAUACAGGAGCGGAUCUAGCUUUUUGCUAAAAGGGGGGUUCUGCUCAUUUACAA